GAAUCAGAACCCAUUUGUUGGUGUUGCGAUCUAGGCCGCACAUCGUGGCCACAAAAUAAUAUCCAACGGUUCUCAGUGGCCAAUGGGAGCACCGUCUUCUAUAACUCACUCGGCAUCGGCGAGGAACGGUAAUUCUUCUUCUUCUAAUUCUUCUCGCCGUAACGAAGAGAGGAGCGAAAUCUAGCGAUUGACACUCUCUGAAAGAGGGGAAGGAUUUUUGAAGCAGGUUUUGGAUCUGGGUUCGGUUUAGAUCCCUUGUUCAAGCCAUGGCGAGAGGGCCUCUUGUGUUGCUUCUUUGGAUCUCCGCAUGUCUGUUCCUUUCUUUUCGUGCUUCCUGUUUCUAUCUCCCUGGUGUCGCUCCCCAGGACUUUCAUAAGGGAGAUCCUCUGAGGGUAAAAGUAAACAAAUUGACUUCCAUUAAAACUCAGCUUCCGUACUCUUAUUAUUCCCUCCCUUAUUGUACUCCAAAGCAAAUAUUUGACAGCGCUGAGAAUCUUGGUGAGGUUCUUCGUGGUGAUCGAAUAGAAAACUCGCCCUUCGAGUUUAAAAUGAGGGAACCAGAGAUGUGUACUAUUCUGUGUCGCAAAGUUCUUGAUGCUAAAAUGGCUAAGGACUUCAAGGAAAAGAUUGAUGAUGAGUAUCGGGUGAACAUGAUUCUGGACAACCUUCCUCUUGUUUUUCCCAUACAAAGGAAUGAUCAAGAAUCUUCAUUUGUAUACCAACAUGGUUUUCAUGUUGGUCUCAGAGGACAGUAUGCUGGGAACAAAGAGGAAAAGCAUUUUAUCUAUAACCACUUGACCUUUACGGUCAAGAUUCAUAAGGAUCCUGAAACUGAGUUAUCAAGGAUAGUGGGAUUUGAGGUCAAACCAUUCAGUGUGAAGCAUGCGUAUGAAGGUUCUUGGACUGAGACUACCCGUUUGACAACCUGUGACCCACAUGCAAAACGCCUUGUUACCAACUCUGAGACUCCUCAAGAAGUUGAGGAGAAGAAUGAAAUCAUCUUUACUUAUGAUGUGGAGUAUCUGGAAAGUGAUGUGAAAUGGGCAUCAAGGUGGGAUACCUAUCUUCUGAUGGCUGAUGAUCAGAUUCACUGGUUUUCAAUAGUUAAUUCUUUGAUGAUUGUCCUUUUCCUCUCGGGUAUGGUGGCCAUGAUUAUGUUGAGAACACUCUACCGUGAUAUUUCUAAAUAUAACCAAUUGGAGACCCAAGAAGAAGCACAAGAAGAAACGGGUUGGAAACUGGUUCAUGGUGAUGUUUUCAGGCCUCCUUUAAAAUCUGAUUUACUUUGCGUGUACGUCGGUACGGGUGUUCAGUUUUUUGGAAUGAGUCUUGUCACCAUAAUAUUUGCUGCUCUUGGUUUCCUCUCCCCUUCAAACAGAGGGGGUUUAAUGACUGCCAUGCUCCUACUCUGGGUCUUUAUGGGCCUUUUUGCUGGCUACACAUCUGCUCGUCUAUAUAGGAUGUUUAAGGGAACAGAGUGGAAGAAAAUUUCACUGAAAACGGCUAUCAUGUUUCCAGCCACAAUUUUCUCCAUUUUCUUUGUUUUGAAUGCUUUAAUCUGGGGGGAGAAAUCCUCUGGGGCAGUGCCGUUUGGAACCAUGUUUGCUCUGGUAUUUUUAUGGUUCUGUAUCUCAGUUCCUCUCGUUUUUGUGGGUGGUUAUGUUGGGUUUAAGAAGCCAGCAAUUGAAGACCCUGUGAAAACCAACAAGAUCCCAAGACAGAUCCCGGAACAAGCUUGGUACAUGAACCCGACGUUCUCCAUUCUCAUUGGAGGGAUACUUCCUUUUGGGGCAGUCUUUAUUGAGCUGUUUUUCAUCCUCACCUCCAUAUGGUUGCACCAAUUUUACUACAUAUUUGGUUUCCUCUUCAUUGUCUUCCUCAUUCUGAUAGUCACCUGCGCUGAGAUAACGGUUGUGCUCUGCUACUUCCAACUGUGUAGUGAGGAUUACCAUUGGUGGUGGAGGUCAUACCUGACUUCAGGGUCGUCUGCACUCUACCUCUUCCUCUAUGCUGCUUUUUAUUUCUUCACAAAGCUCGAGAUAACAAAGCCAGUGUCUGGGAUGUUGUACUUUGGGUAUAUGCUAAUUGGUUCAUAUUCCUUCUUUGUGCUGACUGGCACAAUUGGAUUCUACGCAUGUUUCUGGUUCACACGACUCAUCUACUCGUCAGUGAAAAUUGAUUGAUUUCUUGGGAGAAAUGUUAAAUACUUACACAAGUUUUUGUUGCUGUAGUAGCAAAGGAGGAAAAGGGUCACUCUGGGAUAGGAAAGGCGACAUCAUCUCCAGAAAUUGUUUUGAUUUAGAAGCGGCUUUUCUUCUUUUUCUUUCAAUCUUUCUUAGUACAGGGUGUUUUGAAGAUUCCAGUUAUUACUUCUCUUUUGUUCAUGGGUUCUUUGUUAUGUUCUUUUACUGCUUGCUCAAUAGGAGACUUGGAGAGAAUUGUAAGCAACAGUUCCGAUAUACUCCCUUGUUAUGAUAGUAAUGGAGAAGAAAAAAAAAAUCAUGUGGUUCACUCUGUGUUCUCUUUGUUAUGAUA